AUGAAUUUAUGGAUGAGACAAUCUGGAAUAUCCCUCGGUCAACCAAAGCGAGCAACAAUUUCCUCAAUUUCUCAUUGCUAUCUCAAAAUCUUGAGGCGUUCAUUUCAUUCGAAACACGAAGCAAUUACUUUCUUAAUUUCCUUGAUCAAGCAUAAAUGCCAAGACAAUGACGCAAAACAAGGUCAAUCUCAAUAUAUCAUGCAACAAACAUUCCAUUAA